AGCUAGGCGGCCGAGGGACAGGGCAGCGGAAAGGCAGGGGUUUGUCCCUCUCUGCCCCUCGCGCCGCGGCAGGGAGGCAGUCCGCGGCUCCGGGCCCGGACUGUGGCACGGCUCCGUGUGCCGCCACCCCUCUCCUAACAGCGCACCCGCAGCCGGCCCUGGGCCGCCGUACGGCGGGCCCCUCAGCCGGCCUGGCCACCCCCCUGGCCGGCCUCUGGGGCAGGCCGGGCCUGCUGGGCAGCGCCUGGUCCCCCGCCUGCCGCCUUCCCCGGAGGCUGGACGACAGGAGGUUUUGCCAAGAGGAGCUGUUGGGUUCUUACUGGAAAAUGGGAACAGUGUAAAAAUGCAGUGGCAAAGAGCAGGAACGUAAAAGGAAAAUUUAUAUAUUUAACAAAAGAACGUAAGAAACUGAAAGAGAAAAGGUAAAAGUAACAGAGGAAUAUGCAUACAUACUGUGCACAGGAUGUUGGUUGCCUAGGACAAAAGCACUUAGGAAGUAGAGCGGAACUGAAUGCAUAUGAUACGUGCUGCACCUAACUUACAGUCUAACAGUUCAUCUGUCAGCCCUGCGGUUCUGGGGGAAGGUGUGGCCAAGCUACCAAGUUACGCUGCGGAUACGUACUGAUUUUGAGAGCCCAAAGAGCUCCUGCUCAGGGAAGUUAUUUCUUUGAAGAAGAGGAAGAUAAUGGAAUUUAGGCCAAAUGUAUGGUAUCUAACUUCUGACAUUUGACCAAGACAUGUAAAUCGGGAGCUAGAUUACCCUUUGUACCUGUGACAUCAGUGUAGGGAGAGAAGAUUUUAGUCCUUGAAUUGCUUUACAGAAGUUCUUAUGACCUUGUAUUGACUAUACAGAGAACCUAUGGCAGCUAUGACCUUAACUUAGAUUUUCAGCUGUGUUGAAUGAAUCCCAGCUUCUGGGCCUGGAAAAUCUGGCAAAGAAGCCAAAGGGGAAAACUGUACUGUAGCCUACUUACAACAUCUAACCAACCUUCAGGAUCUUUCCUGAGCAUCUGGUUUGAGAAGAGAGGGCUGACCAGACCAGUGACUGCAUGAAACUGUGCAAAUAAAAUUUCCAUUUGAUUUAAGAACAGAGUUGGAAAUGAUCAGGUCUAAUUUGGCAGGGGAGCGGGGGAAAAAGACUAUUAUUAGAUGUGCCUAACCCUGAAUAGAGGAAGUGCUGGCAAAUUACUGGACCUUCAGCUGGCUGAAGAAGCUUGAUGCAUAAUCCUUCAGUCAUUUCAUUUUUAUAAGGAGAAGCUCUUUAUUUAUUUCUUUUCAUGUAAUGCUACCCCCUCCUAGCCUUUGUUCCUUUGGAAAUUUUAAAUAACAAAAACUGCAGGGAUAAACUGAAAAUCACACUAGAACUGUCAUUUUCAAGAAAAAUCUAAAUAUUAAAUAGGCAAAUGAAUUGUUCUCAAGUCAGAAGACCUGCCAUCUUGAGAGCCAAAGCGCAUGUGGCAGAACAGAGACUUGGGAUAAUGAUGGGAGUUUUUCUUUCACUUCUAGAUCAUCUGUUCUGAUUCUUACCCUAUUAGGGGAUGAAUGGCUGGCUUGCAGAAACAAAAGAACAGGUACUGAGCUUUUCAACCACUGUGGGCUUAGGCUGACCAAAAGAUCAGUCACAGUCUAUCACCUAUAAGCCACAGUUUUAAAUCUUACAUUAGGAUGUGAAAGUAAGUCAGAGACCUUACCGCCUCUAAAUUACUGCAGAAAAAGUGAAUGCCACAACAUUUAAGAAGGGGAUCCCUUCAUCUGAAGCUUGCUUUUUCCAGUCCAGCAGCAGUUACUUGGAGCAUGCUUACCUUCUGGAAGCUGAACUGCAAAAUUAGCACCCUUGUUAACAGUCUCAGUGCAUAGGAUAAAGACUGGAUGGCUUGUGGUUGAAUUGCCGCUUAGUCCCAGAAACACAUCUUGAGGCCACUGAGCAGCUGCUCUGUGGUUUGGAUGGUUGCUAUAGCUGUCUUGGAGAUGAAGAGGACGUUUUUGUUAAUAAGACUGCCAGUCUACUGCCUUUCAGUGUGCCUAAUCAUACUUGCUUAAGGAAAAAACAGAAGGACAGAGGCAUUUAAACAGUGUUUUCUUUGUGGAUGUGCACACAAUACAAGACUUACAGCAGAAGUUUGUUUUUCACAGGACAAAACAUGACAAUAAAUGACUGCUGUCCCUUAACUAAACAGUGGGAGGGGCUUGUGGAUCAGUGAGGAAGAUUACAUAGUCUGAGGCCUGAACCGUUGAAAUAUCUUCUCCAACCAGUCCGACAGGGAGCACAGCAGAAAGAUUGACUGGGGAAGCUAAAAGCAGCAGCGCUUGCUGCUUUUGCAUAUGCAUACCUUGAAUAUUAACCCUUUGCCUUUCCCACUCUUUCCUCUGCAGUUGGGGGCUUUAGAAACUGUGAAAGAAGGAGCAAAAGGAGGAGUAUUGCCAAUUAGCAUAUUUUUAAACAGGAAUCUGAAUAGGUUCACCCAGCUUGGGGAAGGUGCCUGUGGAAAGUAACACAUUUCAGUAAAGAACUCAUUUAAAUGAGGAACUGUCCUUUGCAUUUUAGCCACUUUUUAAUGGGGAAUGGGGUAUAGGACAGAUCCUCUGCUCCUUCAUGAAGAAAAUACUGCUGAGAGUCAAUGCAGCUUAGUACCAGAAUAAGAGGAAAACUAAAACCAGAGUCUGAGCCUAUGCUCUGCAGCUGUCGUGAUCUUUCUAACUCAAGAAAAUUUUCAGUCUGGAAGAUGUCUCUCCUGGUUUCUCAGGGGCUGGAAGUCCACAUCACAGAGCUAUUUCACUUAUUCUAUUUUGCCCACUUCUGCCAGUCUCUGUGGAGAGAUCAAGCAAUGAAGAAAACCACUCCUGGUUUUCACCAUUUUGCACACAUGGACAGUAAAUGCCAGGUGGAAGCAUAAUCCCAGAGAGAAGCUUGGGAUGUACUGGCGUACAAAUAUAUUGAUAUGCAGUCUCUCUUGUGGACAAAUUAACUACUGUGUUUCAGUAUCUAACGCUAUUGCCUCUACCACAACUAAAAUUUUCCCAUAACAAAAUAAUACACACAGCACCAAAGUGUUAAUAGGAGUAGGUAGGUUUUGCUCAAACAGUUGGCAGAGAUCAUAUCAUCUUCUACAUCUUCCCAAAGCCACCUGCAUUGUGUUGUUGACUGUGAAAUGAACUUUGUCUCCCAAUGAUAGGUCUCAUGUUGUUUCCUCUUGUAAUACAACUGCCUCUCACGUGUAUGAAGUAGGUAAGCAAAUAAUCUUGUACAGACUCAUACAACCAGCAGUCAGGAAUCUGAAACUCUUAACACAAGAUUUUUCAGUGAUAGGGGAGAGCAGGCCAACAGCUGGGACUUCCAUACACUGGUUGGGUGGGAAGAAAGUCCCCAGAACUAAAAUGCUGAGGAACUGAGGUGCAGUGAAGAUUACACAAUGCAGCUGCUGGGGACUGAGGGCACCAGCAGAGCGCAACGGUGACCCCAAGGGCAUCAUAGCAGGAAAAGGUCACAAGGCAAGUUCAAGAGUAUUAUCCGGUCUAGUUGGGGAGCUCAGGUUAGAUUUUGAAGGGGUUUUGUAAGUGAGGGUCAUUGCCAGGGCUGUGUGGGAGCUCUGGGCUGGACUGAUGGGAGGAAAGGGCAGGAGAGAGCUGAUGGCAGGGCUGGGAAAUGCUGGCAGAAUGCAUGGACAGCCCGAGCAGGAGGGAUAUGAACAAGCAAGGCAGAAUGUGAAAAAAUCCUGUGUUGCUGCUGUCUGUUGUAGCAUGCUUUGGUAUUACCAAUCUUUUCUUUCUUUCUUCAUUUGCAGAUUGUGUUCCUGAUAGAAUGCCUUUCAGUGUCUGGAGUCUUAGGGGGUCCCCUCCCGUGGACUCUUUUCUUUGCCUGUCUCUGUCAUCUGUGGGUGAGCAGCUGGUGCACGGAAGCCAGGCAGACCCGUUUUACAAGUGUGUGCCUACCUGUCAGCCUGUGUGUUGGACGUAUGCUCAUGCGAUCUCCCUGGGGAGACAGCUGAGAAGACCUUGAGGAAUAAAGAAUUGAAGCUGGGCAGGUCCGGGGUAGGAAGAUCAGUGAGGAGGAACUUAGUAAUAAGAAUUGCAACCACACAAGGCAACCAUCAGUGUUAUUCAGGAGCGGCCUUGGACAAACUGGGAACAGGCAGCAGGCGAGCUUCAGGAAGAGACUACUGCAGGGCAAGAAAGUGGUGUAAUUCAGAAGACGGAGGUUGGAAACCCACUUGCUUGUAAUUGAACAUGGCAGGGGAUGUAAAAAGAUUCACACGCAUGCUACUGGAGUGCAACAGCAAUGACAAGCUAUGUGUUGUGCGUGAAUAUCAGACUGAAGUGAUUGUUGUCCCAGUUCUCCUUGUGGGUUUUUUUGUCAUUGUGCUAACUGUGAUCCUUUGGCUCCACUGUCGAGGCUUGCGAGCAAAGCAGGAGCAAUCAUCAUCAUCUGAAUGCCAAGUGAAUGACAAGAAUCAGCAGGAAUCCAGCUCAACAGAGAACCGCUAUAUCCAGCUGAAUGAGACAUCUGUGGAGAGCCUGCUAAAUUCUGCAUCCUUGAUGCUGAAAGAACUGGAGAUACCACGAGAGAAACUCUCACCAGGCACCUUGCAGCUGAUAAAACAUGGCCGCUAUGGGAGCAUCUACAGAGCACAGUUGGAAACUGGGAACCCCAGGAAGACUAAGACUGUAGUCCUGAAAGUCUUACAAGACCUGGCUAGUACCCAGGAAGUAAGGGAUUUCCUGAGGAGGAUUAAAUUCCAUCAAAAUCUUGGCCAUCAUGAGAACCUGGUUGAAUUGGUUGGAUGCUGUGUAGACCAGCUCCCACUUUAUAUGAUCAUGGAAGAUGUGUCUCUUGGUGACUUGUUGACAUUUCUAUGGACAUGUCGGAAGGAUGUAAUGACAAUGGAUGGUUUCCCCUGUGACCUCACUGAGAGGCAAGUAUAUGAAGUUGGACAGCAGGUUGCAGCAGCUCUGGCUUACCUUGAACAGAAGAAGUUGUUCCAUGGUGACAUUGCUGCCAGGAAUGUCCUACUUCAUCACAACUUCACUGCUAAGCUCUGUGGUUUGGGUCUAGCCUAUGAAGCUCACACAUAUGGUGCCAACUCAGUCACACAGAUUGUGCCAGUCAAGUGGCAGGCACCAGAGCGGCUCCUGAAGAAACCCCCCAGCAUCAAGGCAGACAUAUGGUCUUUUGGAAUUCUACUGUAUGAAAUGAUAACAUUAGGUGCUCCACCAUAUCCUGAAGUGCCACCUUCUGACAUCUUACCAUACCUGCAGAGACAGAACAUUAUGAAGCAGCCCUCAAGCUGCCAGCAAGCCAUGUACGGCAUCAUGAAGUCCUGCUGGCAGUGGAAUGCAACUAACCGGCCUUCUCCAGCAGACCUGAUCUGCUCCCUACAAACAGCUGUAAAGACCAGCAAUGACCAUGCAGUACUGCAGGUGCCUGAGCUUGUGGUGCCUGAACUCUAUGCUAAUGUUGCUGGUGUUGAUGUGCACAGCCUAGUGAGGGAAUACACUAUACUCUGAAGGACCCUUUCACAUGUUGGUAAAGGAGAAGUCUCUGAUUUUGCCCUUUCUAGACACUUUGCAAGCCCAGAGUGAGGUGCAUAUGUUGGGAGGGAUCCCUUUGUUUUUCAAACACAUCAUAUAUAUCAGAUCUCUCCUCCAUACCAGAAACAACAAACUAUUAUCAUUAUUAUUAUUAAAUCAACCUGUUGAUAUCA